AUGGCUCAGGACGAUUGGGAUCGGUCAAACCACGAAGACAUCGUAGGCGUCCUCUAUGACUUCUCCGCCACCUACAUGCUCCAUGUUGAUCUUCGCCCGUCCAACGUCAUACGCGCCCCGUCCGAUACGCAAGAGUGCAAAGUGCACAAACGCGUACACAAGUGGAACACUAUCGACUUCGCCUGGUCAACUGUCGAUGCCAGUGGUCCUAAAGAUGAAGCGAAGUAUGCGCUGAUCUGUAAAUUGCAGAGUGCUAAAUGGAAAAACCGAUAUUGGUAUGCUGCUGAACGCCGUGCAUGA